AUGGGUCAUAAAGUAAAUCCGUUAAUAUUUAGAAGUUUGAUAUAUAAAAAUUAUAUUAAUAAUUUUUAUAUAAAUAUAAUAAAUAAUAAAUAUUAUUUAUUAAAAAUAUUAUUAAUAUAUUUUUUAUAUUAUAGUAUAUAUAAUAAUAUAUGUAAUAAUAAUAAUAAUUAUAUUAAUAUACAUAUAAAUUUUGAUAUAAAUAAAUUUUUAAUUAUAUUUUUUUUAUAUGAUAAAAAUAUAGUAUAUAAUAAUUACAAUUUUAAAUAUAUUUUUAUUUUGUUAAAUUAUUUUAAUUAUUAUUAUUAUAAAUAUUAUAAUUAUAUAUGUUAUUUUAAAUUUAAAUAUAUUCAUAAUAUUGAUAUAAAUAUGAUAAUGUUUUAUGUUAAACAAUAUUAUAUUAAGUAUAAAUCUUUAAAAUUAAUAUUCGAUUAUUUAUAUAAUAAUAUAUUAAAAAAAUAUAAUUAUAAUAUAAAAGGAUUAAAGAUUAAAUUUUCAGGAUGUUUUAAAAAUAGUUUAAAAACUAAAGUUGAAAUAUAUACAUAUGGUAUUAUAUCUUUAAAUAUGGUAUCUAAUAAUAUUAAAUAUUUAAAUGAUAUUAUAUAUAUUAAAUAUGGUAUUUUGAGUAUAAAAAUAUGGUUAAAUAAUUAA